GUGCCAAUCUCUGCGAUGAGAUUCACAAACACAGUCGUGGCUCUUGUUGGCCUCACAACAGCUCUUGGUCAAUCCAACCCCCUUCGCAUCCUCCCCCCAAAUUGGUCUUUUACCAUCUCGUCUAUACGCGGUCCCGGCUGUCCUGACUCGGGCAAAAAUGGCACGGUCUCACGCACCACACGCCUAACUUUCGGUUCCAACACCGUCGACGGUAGUGAAAUCUACUAUUGGUUUAUCGCAUACCCAUGGAUGCGUGUUGACCUUCAGGCUGGCCCCCGCCAUACAUGGUGCGAGGCGACUUUAUCAUACAAGGAAUACAAAGAUGUAAACAAGACUGCUGAGGCGGAGAAGUAUAAGCUGAGGCUGCACAAGAAUGGGACGAAGGGAAUCAUGACAUACGAGUUGGAUGAGGGAGUAAAGGUUUACUGGGACUUUGCUUACUACGUGGGUGAGGGGAGUGGAAGAGCAGAGGUACGCUGUAUGUAGAACAUCUUGCCACUUCACUGACAUCUCAAACAGGUCGCAGAUACUA